AAAGAUCUUUCAACCUCAUCUCGCGGCUCCUUCUUGUUCGGCUACCUUCAUCUACUCCAAUCAAUCAUGGCCGCACUGCUUUCGUCUCUCUCACACUCCGAGUAAGCGUAACAACGUACCACAAGAAGAACAAGGAGAUCGAAAUGAACUCUCCGCCGAUGUGGACGGCGGUUCAGCCACCGUUCACGGUGGCGCAAUGGCAGGAGCUUGAACACCAAGCUCUCAUCUUUAAGUACCUCAAGGCUGGACUGGCCGUUCCCCUCGACCUCCUUAUUCCCAUUCGCAGGAGUCUCGAUUUGAUGCCGCCGCAGCUCGUUCAUCACCCGUCUUUGGGUUAUUGCUCGUAUUACGGGAAGAAGAUCGACCCAGAGCCGGGGAGGUGUCGAAGGACGGAUGGGAAGAAGUGGAGAUGCUCGAGAGAUGCGCAUCCGGACUCCAAGUACUGUGAACGGCACAUGAUACGCCGUCGUUACCGUUCAAGAAAGCCUGUGGAAUCGCAACAAGCUGCUUCGCAGUCUUCGUCCAAUUCGGCAUCGGACGUUGUUGCUGCUGGGAGCAGAAGUGGCUCUGGAAGCUUCCAGAGCUUGCCCUUGCACGGAAAUGGUGCUCGUGAGGGUUUGAACCUUGGAAAUAACGCAUCACAGCAUCAGCUACAAUCUCUUCCCGGUGAGAUUAGCAAGAAAGAUUACAGGUUUGGACUGAAUUCUGAAGUAGACGAGCACAACUUCUUACAGAAAGGACUGGGAAGCACGAGUUAUCUGGGUUUUGACUCUGCCUCGGACACCAUGUGGCCUCAUAUCUCACGAGUUCCCUCAGAUCUUGUCUCUGAGUCGAGAAAUAGUUCUACUAUUGUUAGCAGCUGCUUCCAGUUGGGGACCGGGCGGGAUCCUGAGCCACUGAACAUAAAUGCUGCAAGAUCAAAGCAAGAUUUCUAUGGUGAUCAGCUUAGCUUGGCUGGGUGUUUGAAACAGGAAUAUCAGUCCCCACAGACGUUUUCAACCGACUGGCUCUGGAAGAACUCGAGCUCCCCAUCUGUUGAGUAUAGGCCCAAUAAAGAUUCUAGCUGUAACCCUGAUGGCAUGAAUCCCUUUCAGUGACUGAGUGGAGGGAAAUGUAAGGAGAGAAAGAGAUGGUGAGUCGCACGCUUAUCUUUUUCUUCACACUUUUCCUCCUGUGACUGGAAGGGAUUUGGGUCGAUGUUGAUGUUGAUGUUGAUUAUGGUGGAUCUUUUAUAGUUACUUGCAAGGAGUAUGCUUGUCCUGUGCAUAUUGACUUUCCCGGAAGCAGACCUUUAAAAUCACCUCACUACCUCCAUCCCUUCCUUCCCUAACCAAAGGAAAUCUAUAUAAAUAAAUAGAAUUCUUCAGGAGGUGAUAUGUUAUCAUGGUUCUUUAUGCAGAUGCUUAGGGGAAUUAAGGUUUAAUUUCCGAGCACCAAAUUUGUGGUACUCAUUGUUGCACAUGUAUUUCAAGGAAUUCUACUACUAUUUUUAUUUUUGGUUAUAUUUAAACUUAGAAUAUGAUUGGGCUUUUGCUUUUACCAUGAUCUGCUAUUGGCAUCUCCUUUGACAUAAUGCUUAAAUACAAUGUUAUUCUCGUUCUAU